AUGCUGCAGAAAUAUUGGCCGUUGGAAAGAACUGAGCUCAAGGCAAACUUGGCUGUCGCAGACCCGAACAUACGAGGUCAGAGAAAUUCGAUGCUGCCGUGGUUUUGGUCUUUGGAUGUUCAGGGGGAUUCGGUGAGCAACGACUGGCUCAAUGAAUUUUACAGGGUGCAUUGGCUUCGUACAAAAGCUUUGCGAGACCACUGGGCUGAAGAGUUAAUUCUCGUCAGUUAUGAGAUGCACUGGACCAUUGAUUUUCUUGCCCACAAAGCCGAAACCUGGCUCAGCCGAAUAACCCGUCAGGGAAAUGCUAUCAAAGAUGGACAUAAGUGCUAUGCGAUCAGACAGGCACACAUGUAUAGACAAUUAGCUAAACACGCGCACUCCCAGUUCGUGGAAGUAGAUCCGACAUUCGGUCAUAACUUGUGA